UUUGUUUGAUUCAUUUAGUGUGGAUUUAAAGCCCGUUGAUAAUCGACGCUUGUGAAAUAAGUGCUCUCAAUAUCUAUAAUAUCUAUAUUUUUUAUUGAAAUUGAAGUUAUAUACAUAUAGAGAUAUACUAAAUAUUGGAUUCUAAAGAAAAUGAACUCCUUAGGUAAUACCGCUGUUCUACUUGCAAUAACUUGGAGUGUUUUUGGUGCAGUUUCUGCGGAAGAGAGUUAUGGAGCAUGCGAAACGCCAAACGGCGCUACCGGUGAAUGCAUGUUAAUACAGAAAUGCACUGAACUAUAUAACACGGCCAUUAAAUCCAAUUUAGAAGAAGCGGAAAUACUAUUUUUAAGGCGGAGUAGAUGUGGUGAACUUGGCAAAAGUAUUCUGGUUUGUUGCCCAAGGUCUCAACAAGUAAAACCAGAAACUGAUUGCGAAACUCCGAAUGGCAAAAAAGGUCGUUGCAUUUCUAUCCUUGAAUGUGGUUCCUUAUUACCGUUAGUCAAAGAAGAUGUAUCGGCAAAUGAAAGAGAUUACUUAAUCAAAAGCGUGUGUGGACAGGGUACACGACAGGUAUGCUGUCCUGAUCCACCGAAGAAUAAACGGGGAGAAUUGCCUUUGCCUCCCAAUUGUGGAAAAACUUCGUUAGCGGGACGAAUUUUUGGUGGAGUCGCGACUGAUAUUGAUGAAUUCCCGUGGACUUCUUUACUUAUAUACACUAAACCUAACGGCGAGAAAAGUUUUCAUUGCGGCGCUUCUCUCAUUAAUGAUCGCUAUGUUGUAACGGCGGCACAUUGUGUUAGCAAAGAAGCACUCCCUGCAAAUUGGCGUCUAAGUGGAGUCCGUUUGGGCGAAUGGGAUCUAGACACAUCACAAGAUUGUCAAUUUGAUAAAAAGGGCAAUAAACUUUGUUCGGGUUCACAUAUCGAUUUUAGUAUUGAGGAAGAAAUAUAUCAUCCACUAUACAAUGAUGCAGCCAAAAAAUAUGAUAUAGCCUUACUGCGUCUUCAAGAGAAAGUCAAUUACAAUGAUUUCACUAGUCCCAUUUGCUUGCCGGUCAGCACAAACUCUUCUGCAAAUAAUUACGAGGGCGUAACUAUGGGCAUUGCAGGUUGGGGAUCAACGGAAACAUCCAGAAAUAGUGUAAAGAAAUUAAAAGCAUUGCUACGAGGACGAAACCUUGAAAGAUGUAAAGCCAAAUACAAUAUCGACAUAGAUAACACUCAAAUAUGUGCGGGCGGUGAGAAAGGUGUCGACUCGUGCAAGGGUGACUCUGGUGGACCACUAAUGUUUCUUCAAUCAUAUAACGGAAUGGAAUCAUGCCUUCUGAUUGGUGUAACUUCAUUUGGUCCCAGAGUGUGUGGCCAGGAAGGAUUCCCCGGAAUUUACACUCGAGUAGAUACUUUUAUUAGUUGGAUACAAAGUACCAUUAGAAAAUAAAAUGGAUAAUUGUAAUAUGCACUUUAAUAUCUGACGUCAAUUCGUUAAACAAAGUUUUUUCCAAUUCUUAGAGAUAUUGUGUUUAGUUAACGAAAUAAAACUAAAAAUCAUUAGUUUAUUUAGA